AACCUGGCCACACCUCCGGGAUCACUCAACAGCUCCGCCUCCUCGCCGCUGAUUGGCCACCGGAACUGUAGCUCAGGAGAGGCACACAGGCGGCCAAUCACCGGCGAGGAGGAGGAGCCGAGUGGCAGCGCGAAGAUCAAAGAAGAUCGAGUGAGGGAGUGGCCGGAGAAGGAAGACAGCUGACCGGUUAGUGUCUGUACCGUGCAGAUGUUGCUGCUGCAGCCAGGUAUGCUGGCUGUAGAUGGGAAAGGGAGGGAGGGAGCGAGCCCAGGCUGGAGUAGGGGUCAGCAAGGUAAGUAUCAUUGGUGUUAGUGGGAG